AUGGGCUCAAUCAACACUCUCUCCCCAGAGCACUCGCUCCUCGAGACCCUCGCGCAGGAAAUCAGCACGGCCGCCCACCGCCUCACCGCGUUCCUCCAGUCCACCAACCCUGCAGCCCUGCAGGAUGGACAAGCAGGCAGCCAUGACAUCCCGCGCCAGGCUCCCGCAGAGGUCAGCGCCGUCAAAGCGGCCCUCAUCGAAAAGACCAUGGCCGUGCAGCAACUGGUCAUGUCCGCGACGGACGUGCAACAGCAAAUGACGCUGCGGACCCAGCACAUGGCCUCGGUCCGCUGGAUCUGUCGCUUCAAAGUCGCCGACUUCGUCCCCGCGGAAGGGUCCAUCUCAUACGACGCCGUCGCCGCGGCGGCAGGCGUGCCGGCCGACCAGCUGGCCCGUGUCUGCCGCAUGGCCAUGACGGCGGGGUUCUUCCGCGAGGUCGCCUCCGGUGAGAUCGCGCAUAGCCAUACGUCUUUGGACUUACGGUCGUCGUGUCCUGUCCAUGAUGCGUUCAACUUUCUGACCGAAACGGGGAAUGCGGUGGUGGGCAAGAUGACCGAAAUGACGGAGGCGCAACUCGCGGCUUCUCGAGAAUCGGGGGAGACCAAAAAACCCAUCACGGCGUUUAGCAUUGCGAAGCAGACUGAUGUGCCGUUCUUCAAGUAUAUCAUGUCGGAUCCGGAGUUGGCGAGACACCAGGCCGCGCACAUGAACAGCGUGGGCGCUGCGGAGCAGUCGCACGUUAGGCAUGUGCUGAACGGGUAUGCCUGGGGACAUGUUCCCUCGGGGGCAAAGGUUAUCGAUGUGGGCGGAUCGACGGGCCAUUGCUGUGUGGCUCUCGCGCAGCAGUCUCCGUCGUUGAAUUUCGUGGUGCAGGAUCUGCCGCCGGUGUUGGCGCAGGCCAGGAUCCCAGCGGAGUUGGAGGACAGAAUCUCGUUGCAGGCCCAUGAUUUUCUUACGCCUCAACCGUCAAGCUCACAGGGCGCCGAGGUCUUCUUCAUUCGUCAGUGCUUGCAGAAUUGGCCUCACACAGAUGCAGUCCGGAUCCUGCAGAACAUCACACCCGCCAUGGACCGCGCGAAGUCGAGGAUCGUGAUUAUGAGUGUCGUGCUUGCCAGUCCGUCGGAUCCUUCGAUCGGGCAGCGGGAGAAAGGCAUCAGUCGGAUGAGAGAUCUGUUCAUGAUGCAGGCUAUGGGCGGCCAGGAAAGAGACAUGCAGCAGUGGGAGACGGUUGUCAAGGAUGCUGAUCCCGAGUUGGAGAUUGUGAGUGUUGAGAAGCCAAGGGGAAGUGUGCUGAGUGUGAUAGAUGUGAGGUUCAAGCUAGGUACGUGA